UCUGCUGCAGUCUCCGCCUUGAAGUGCCUGAGGCCGGGCCGGGCGCAGACGUUGUCUGUCUACCCCGCCCCCUCCGAGCCGGAGAGGCGCCGCUGCCGCCGCAGAGGGGCCGGAGCAGCAGCGAGGAGGAGACACCAACGGCUUAACCCAAAGGCAGAAAACAUAGACGCACAUACUGCAUCCAUGUUUGGGAAAAGAUAGUUACUACGGACAAAGGGGAUAAACAUCGACGACAUAAGAAAGAUGAGUAUGUUAAAACCAAGUGGGCUUAAGGCUCCUACCAAGAUCAGCAAGCCUGGAAGUACAGCAUUGAAAACAGCUGCAUCUGUUGCUGCUGCUCCAGCAGAAAAAGCAGUGUCCAGUGAAAAGCCAUCAAGCACACCCACCUCGGAGGCACAUGAUGACUUUGUGGAUGACUUCAGAGUUGGGGAGCGUGUUUGGGUCAACGGAAACAAACCUGGCUUUAUUCAGUUUCUUGGAGAAACACAGUUUGCUCCAGGACAGUGGGCAGGGAUUGUUCUAGAUGAACCCAUUGGCAAGAAUGAUGGCUCUGUAGCUGGAGUUCGCUAUUUCCAGUGUGAACCUUCACGGGGAAUAUUUACAAGGCCAUCAAAGCUGACAAGAAAAGUGCUGGCAGAAGAUGAAGCCAAUGGUACACAGACCGCUAAUGCUUCUAGAGCUACUUCACCAACCUCCACAUCAGCUGUUAGUAUGGUGUCUUCUCCCCCUGCAGCAGCUCCCCCUACAGGAAUUCCUCAAAAGACUUCUCCACCAGCAGGCAAGGAACACUUUACUCCUACUCAAAUUAGCAACCUGUCAAAAACUGCAAGUGAAUCUAUAUCGAACCUCUCUGAAGCUGGGUCUGUAAAGAAAGGAGAAAGAGAACUCAAAAUUGGAGAUCGAGUUUUGGUUGGUGGCACCAAAGCUGGAGUAGUACGUUUUCUGGGGGAAACUGACUUUGCUAAAGGAGAGUGGUGUGGAGUAGAAUUAGAUGAGCCUCUGGGAAAGAAUGAUGGAGCAGUGGCUGGAACAAGGUAUUUUCAGUGUCAGCCAAAAUAUGGCUUGUUUGCACCGGUCCACAAAGUUACCAAGAUUGGAUUUCCAUCAACCACACCAGCUAAAGCCAAGGCAACUGUGAGAAAAGUGAUUGCAACGCCGUCAGCUCUGAAACGCAGUCCAAGUGCAUCUUCCCUGAGUUCUCUCAGUUCUGUGGCAUCAUCAGUAAGCAGCAAGCCAAGCCGUACAGGACUAUUAACAGAAACAUCUUCCCGAUAUGCAAGAAAAAUUUCUGGCACCACCGCUCUCCAGGAGGCUCUGAAGGAGAAGCAGCAGCAUAUUGAACAGCUUCUGGCAGAGAGGGACCUGGAGAGGGCUGAGGUUGCUAAAGCAACAAGUCAUGUAGGGGAAAUAGAGCAGGAGCUGGCAUUGGCUCGAGAUGGACAUGAUCAGCAUGUACUGGAAAUGGAAGCGAAAAUGGACCAGUUGCGGGCUAUGGUCGAAGCUGCUGAUAGGGAGAAAGUGGAGCUUCUCAACCAGCUUGAGGAAGAGAAAAGGAAAGUGGAGGAUCUUCAGUUCCGCGUAGAGGAAGAGUCCAUUACCAAAGGAGACCUAGAGCAAAAGAGGCAGAUUUCUGAAGAUCCUGAAAAUACGCAGACCAAACUGGAGCAUGCCCGCAUUAAGGAGCUUGAACAGAGCCUGCUCUUUGAAAAGACCAAAGCUGACAAACUCCAGAGGGAGUUAGAAGACACUAGGGUGGCCACAGUAUCAGAAAAAUCUCGCAUCAUGGAACUAGAAAGAGAUCUAGCAUUGCGGGUGAAGGAAGUAGCGGAGCUCCGAGGGAGAUUAGAGUCUAGUAAGCCAGUCAGUGAUGUGGAGAAUUCUCUCUCACUGCUACAAGAAAUAAGUUCUUUGCAAGAAAAAGUGGCAGAAAUUAGCAAAGAACAUCAAAAUGAAAUAAAUUCACUAAAAGAGAAGUUUGGAAUCAGUGAAGAAUCUUAUCAGAAGGAGAUCAAAGCACUUUCAGCCUCACAUGAAAGAAUUGCAAAAGAAAACGAGUUGUUGAAAACUAAACUUGAUCGUGCCAACAAGGAGAAUUCAGAUGUGAUAGAGCUGUGGAAAUCAAAGCUGGAAUCUGCUAUUGCUUCACAUCAGCAAGCAAUGGAAGAACUAAAGGUUUCAUUCAGCAAAGGUGUUGGGGCUCAGACUGCUGAAUUUGCAGACCUCAAGACCCAGGUUGAGAAAAUGAGAUUAGAGCAUCAAAAUGAAACGUCAAAUUUAAAACUAAAACAAGAAAACGAAAGAUCUCAGCAUAUGAAAGAGAUUGAAGCUCUGAAAGCGAAGCUAUUGGAAAUCACUGAGGAGAGAGAGCGAAGCCUGGAAAACCUGAAGACCAAACUAGAAAAUGCAGAAGAUCAACAUCUAGUAGAAAUGGAAGAUGCUUUAAACAAAUUACAGGAAGCUGAAAUAAAGGUAAAGGAGCUAGAGGUACUUCAAGCCAAGUGCAAUGAACAAACCAAGGUUAUUGAUAGUUUAACAACACAGAUCAAAGUUACUGAAGAAAAGAUUUUGGACCUUGAUGUACUUCAGAAAGCCAAUUCUGAAGGUAAAUUGGAAAUCCAGAAACUUAGCAAGCAGCUUGAGGCAGCUGAGAAACUGAUACAAAACCUAGAGACUGAAAAGAUUGAUGGGAGUAGCAAGGCUAGUAAUCUGGCCAAAGAGCUUCAGGGCAAAGAGCAAAAGCUUCUUGACCUGGACAAAGACUUGGGUGUAGCAAAUCAAGUUAAAGAGUCUUUGGAAAAGGAGCUUCAACUUUUGAAAGGAAAGUUUACUAGUGCUGCUGAAGAGGCGGAAAGUGUUCAAAAAUCUAUGCAAGAAACUAUUAAAAAACUAAACCAAAAAGAAGAGCAAUUUGCACUCAUGUCUUCGGAACUGGAUCAGUUAAAAUCUAAUUUGACAGUUAUGGAGAAAAAAUUGAAAGAGAGAGAAGAAAAAGAACAACAGUUGUCUGAAGCUAAAGCCAAACUCGAGAAUGAUAUAGCAGAAAUAAUGAAGUCCUCGGGCGAUAGUUCUUCUCAGCUUACAAAGAUGAACGAUGAGCUGCGGUUAAAAGAAAGGAAGCUAGAAGAACUACAAAUUCAGCUUACAAAAUCAAAUGAAAAGGCAACUCAGCUGCAGGAAAAUGUGGAACAGACAACACGUAAUGCUGAACAGAACCAGCAGGAAACACUUAAGAAUCAUCAGGCUGAACUGAAGAAAAUGCAAGAUAAAUUAGUAGAUCUGGAAAAGCAAAUUGAGAAAAGCCAAAAUCAGUAUAAGGAUCUACAGAUGACGCAUGAAAAAACCAAUUCUGAGAUGAUCGCUGAGCACAAUGCAGCCAUCAAAGAGCUUAAACAGAAUCUGCUGGACACAGAAGAGAUGCUGAAAAGUGCAAAAGAGCAAAACAGUGACUUGGAAAAACAGGCUGAGGAGCUGAAAAAACAAGCAGAACUUGCCAAAUCUUUAACUUCUGUGUUAGCAUCAGCCAAAAAAGAGAUUGAACUAAUGUCAGACGAGAUGAGGGAUUUGAUAUCAGAGAAGGAGAUUCUGGCACAGGAGGGAAAUGCUUUAAAGUUAGAGAAAGGUUCACUAUUAUCAAAACUACUAGAGUUGGAAUCCAAGCUUAUGUUGUUGCAACAAGAUCAGGAAAAGCUUUGGACAAUAAAUGAAGAACUUGAUUCAGAAAAUAAAAAAAUCCUAAAGGAAAAGCAAGAAGCUGAAACUAAAAGUCAACAGGAAAGCACAGAAAAGGCAGCAUUAAUUUCUGAGAAACAAAAGUUAUUUAUUGAAAUAGGGACAACACAGAAAGAUCUUCUAAAAAUAAGUAGAGAAAAUGAUGCUCUAAGCUCUUCAGAAUCAGCGCUGCUCCAACGGCUGGAAGAACUUCAGACCAGCAAAGAUGCUUUGGUUCUGGAAUCUCAGAAGCACAUUAAGGAAAGAGAAGAACUGGAGGAUAAUCAGAAAAUGCUUUCUGAGGAGAAUGCUACUCUUCUUAAAGACAAGGAUGAUGUCAUCCAGAAGCUGAAAAGCUCUUAUGAAGACCUGGCCAGAGAUCAAAAGGAACUCCUGCAAGAAUUAUCUGCUCUGGCUGCAGAGAGAAAUUCAGUCUUGGAUAAAAAAUUGGCUCUUGAAAGCGCACACGUGGCCUUAAAAAAUGAAAGGGACGAUCUGUUGCAAAAAAGGCAAGACCUGCAAUCUGAAAAGGAAGCACUUCUUAAGAGUCAGGAAGAGCUGCAUGUGAGCUUAGAAACUGUUCUUAACGAGGAAAAGGCCCUAAAUAGGAAAACUGAAGGACUGCAAGCAGAGCUAGAUGCUGUGAUUAAAGAACUUAAAAAAGCUACCAAAGACAAUGUAGAGUUGCAGGCCUCCUAUGCUAGUCUCUCUAAACUGCUUGAAGAGAUUAAAGCCAGUAGGGAGUCAACAGACUCUGAAUGUAUCCAAUUACUACAAGAGAAGGAAGCUCUCUCUUCAUCCGAGCGGAGACUUUUGUCUGAAAGGGACGAACUUUUACAUGAAAAUAAGGCAAUUGCGGAAAAGCUUGCCAAGACCUCAGAAGAUGCCACCCUUGCUGAGAAAGCUGUAAAUGAGAAGAUUAGUCAACUGAGCAGAGAGAAGGAAUUGGCUUCUCAGAAGUCAGUGAAACUUAAAAAGCAGAAUGAUGCCCUUCUCAAAGAAAAGGACAUGUUAGAAACCAAAUGUGCAGAGCUGCUCACUGAAAAACAGUCUUCUGCAAAUGCACUGUGUGACUUGAAAAGAAAACAUGAGCUGGACAUCUCAGCCAAGAAAGCACUCGGUCAAGAGAAGGCAAAGCUGCAGAGUGCCAUUGAAAGCCUCAAGAGAGAACUGGACAAGAAAACCCAAGAAAAUCAAGAUCUAGUGGCCUAUAACUGUGAACUUUCAAAGUGUCUGAAAGAGGCUCAGAGUGCCAAAACACUGCUAGGAAAUGAGCUUUCUGCUGUUUCGCAAGCCAAGCAAGUUCUGAUGGCUUCCUUCAAAACCUGUUCCUCCAGUAAGGAAAUGCUAGCCAAAGAGAGGACUGAAUUGCAAGAAGAAUGUCAGAAAUUAAAAGAAGAGAUCAAAAUUAUGCAGGAGAAUUUAACAAUAGAAAGGGAAGCUAGAAAGCUGGAAAAAGAUUCAUUCUUAUUGGGACAUGCAGAACUUCAGAACACCAUCAGCUUCUUAGAGAGGGAGAAGGAGCAGCUAACAGUUAAAAAUAAAGAAUUGCUGUCUGAGAAACAACUGCUGGUUCAGGAGAAACAAACAUCUGAAUCCAAACUAGAGGAAAUCAUUAAAGAAAAGGAGGUUCUCAGCACAGAGACUGAUCAACUUGCCUCCAAUAUUGAAAAACUAAAGAGUGAUUUUGCUUCAUUGACUAAAUCAAAGGCAGAGCUCCAGGACUUGCAUACCUGUCUCUCCAAUAUCCUAGAAGAUCUUCGGCAUAGCCAUGAGGUGACUGAAUUGGAGCGAACGAAGCUGCUCCAGGAAAAUGAGAGCCUGCUUGCGGAACAGAAGAAUCUGAUCAUGAUAAAGGAAGAAAUACUGAAAGAGAAGGAGAAGUUUUCUGAGGACUAUUACAAACUGCAUGAGGAAGUAAUGCUUUUAGCACAAACUAAUGGUGACCUUUCAGCCAACCUACUGGUGUUGCAGAACAAAAAUCAGAUGCUACUGGUGGAGAAGGACAAACUUGCUUUGAAACUAAAAGAAACUGAGGCUCUUCAGACACAUACAGUAACGCAAAAAUCUGAGGCUGCUAAAAUGGCAGAAGAUGCUUUGCAGGUAGUGGAGCAGGUGACCAAAGAGAAGGAUGCCCUUCAUCAAGAAAAGAUCGAUACACUGGCCUCCUUGGAGGACUCCAGACAGACAAAUCAGAAGCUUCAAAAUGAACUGGACAAACUUAAACAAAACAGCCUGAAAAACGAAGAGGAACUUAACAAGUCAAAAGAGCUUCUAAAUCUGGAGAACAAGAAAAUGGAAGAAUUUAGAAAAGAAGUAGAAGCGCUGAGACUGUCGGCUGCUCAGAAGUCCCAGCAGCUCACAGCCCUGCAAGAAGAGAACGUUAAACUUGCCGAGGAGCUGGGCAGGAGCAGGGACGAAGUCACAACUCAUCAGAAGCUGGAAGAGGAAAGAUCUGUACUUAAUAACCAGUUGUUAGAGAUGAAAAAGAGCUUGCCCAGUAACACUUUAAGAGAAUCCGUAUUAAAAAAAGAAAUAGAUGAAGAGAGAGCUUCUUUACAGAAAUCCAUCAGUGUUACUAGUGCCUUGAUCACAGAGAAAGAUGAAGAACUGGAAAAACUCAGAAAUGAGAUCACAGUGCUCCGUGGAGAAAAUGCCUCUGCAAAAACCUUGCAGUCAGUAGUUCAGUCACUGGAGUCCGAUAAGUUGAAACUUGAGCAAAAGGUGAAGAACCUGGAGCAGAAACUCAAAGAGAACAAGAAACAGCCUUCUUCUAUCACUAGCUCCUCAGGUGACACUGCUGCUAAUCCACUCCAAGAAGAAAAAGCAGAGGAGAACCAGCAUAUGAUUGACUUCCUGAAUUCAGUAAUAGUGGAUCUUCAAAGGAAAAAUGAAGAAUUAAAGUUGAAGGUGGAAAUGAUGUCUGAAGCAGCUCUCAAUGGCAAUGAGGAGAUAAACAAUUAUGACAGCGAGGAUGAAAAUCAGUCAAAGAAAAAACCUCGCCUCUUCUGUGAUAUUUGCGACUGCUUUGAUCUCCAUGAAACUGAAGACUGUCCUACUCAGGCACAGGCAUCCGAUGACCCUCCCCAUUCGACUUAUCAUGGCAGCAGAAAAGAAGAGCGCCCCUAUUGUGAAAUCUGUGAGGUGUUCGGGCACUGGACAACCAAUUGCAAUGACGACGAGACCUUCUAAUACAAUACAAAGCCAGGAAAACAAACUUUAUUUGUAUGCACUAAUUCGACAGUUUACCCCACCAGCAUUUGUGUGUACAGACAUCAGGAAAAGGGACAGUGAUUCUUGACACACACAUCCUCGGUUUCAAACCUAUAGAUAUUUUGAUCUUCCAUUCAUAAAGAUCUUAUUCCCCCCCCUUAAUAAACUAAAGUGAAGUAUAAAUAAAUUAUUUAAUAAUUACUUUUUGUCAUUUAUUCCCAAAUUCUGGGUAUGAACAAUUUCUAACAAGAAAUGUCCCCUAUGCCAUUAAAUUUAUCUAUAGGAAAAAUGUAUAGGAACAAAGUAUUAUAGUUAUGUUAUAGCUUAUUUAAAGACCUUAAAAUUAUGCUGUUAAUUUUCAUAUUUGCACUAAGACAUUUUAAGGCUGCAUUUGUAUAUUUAGAUUUUUUUAAGCUUUUGACACUGGAAUGAGUUGAGAAAUAUUUCAUCUUUAUUUUCAUCUACUCGUUAACUAUUUUACUGUGCUCUUGAUCAAAGAACAUGAGCUCUGUGCACUACAUAUAUACGUAGUGCCUUUCUUUCCAUUGGACUACAGUAUGAAAUUUAUAAAAUCAUGAAGCAGGUAAGAAAACAUAAGCUACUGUGGGGAAUUUUUAAAAACCUGUAUGCUGUGCACACUUACUACCAUUUAUGUGACAUCCAUUUUUUGCAUUAUUUCAGCUCCUAUACAGUGUGUGUGUGUAUAUAUACAUAUAUAUAUUAAAAAAUAUAUUUUGGAAAAAACAUGUCUUCUCAUUCACGUUUUUAAAUUUUAUUAGCAGUCAUCACAGGACCUGUUUAUGGGAUAAACAGUACAACAUGACUACUUCAUUUGUUGACUUAAAAAUAUAAAACCACCUCAGUAUUGGGAGAUUUUUAUUAAUGUGUUUCCUGUGAAAAAAAUCUUUCAGCACACUUGUAUCCUCUAGCAGGUUUUCAGUAAAGUUCAUAGGAAAUGAAGCAUUUAUGCUAACUAUUUCAUGAUAUGGUUUCCCUGGUUUUUAUUUUAUUUUCAGAUGAAUGUAACAUGGAAAAUUCAACAUUAAUAAUUGUGGAUUUUCUUAUAAGCAAAAACAUAACAAGGAAUGAAGAAAUCUAAACCAUCAGAACACAACGUGGUCUAGCUUGUGUCACUCGUACUAAUGUUGAGAUGUACCUUAUUACACAGACAGUUAAAUUAGUUUCAGAGGGGCUGCUCAUAUAGUAAGAAAACACUCAACAUGAGCCAGGGUGGACCCAUCAGACCCUAAAUCAUUUAUUCAGAUGGUUUAAAUCUAUCUUCUUUUGAAUGUCUUCUAGCAUAUGUAAAAAAGGACUGAAACUAUACUGUAUCUUCCCUGCUACCUGUACAAUAUACAGUAUAGGGUUUACUCUUUUAUAUAACUGUAUAUAAACCUUUGAUGUAUUUUUCUCAAGAUUAUCAACCAAGUAUCUGGCACAUGAUAUAAAGUCAAUCUAAUAAUUUUAAAUUGGGGGUAACGAAUGUAUUAUAGUAAUAGGAACAAAAGCAGGGAAAUCAGUAUUAAUUUAAAGAAUUGAGUGUACUGUAUCUCCUUUAAUAAAUGGUUAUUCUCGUCA